AUGAAGGUGCAUGGAAAAAAUCUUGUCAGUGUUUGCAAGCUUGCAUUUAAAAUUUGCAGGAAUGAGAAAAAUGAUUACCUCAUUCAAAAUGAUAGAUUGUUGGAUUGUUUGUUGGAGGUCCUGAGAACAGAAGAUCUACAAAAAGACAGUGAAGCUUUCCUGUAUUGCAUGGGAGCUAUAAAAUUCAUGUCUGGAAAUGCAGUACUCCUUAAUGAAAUGGCCGACAAAGGAGCUAUUGAAAUUUUGCUGCAAUUAAUGAAGCAGAUUAAUAAUAUAAAAGAAAAUGACAUGUAUUUCUCCAACAUGGGCCACAUAUUAGUCCAGCUGACAGCUACUUUGCGAAACCUGGCUGACUUACUGCCUCCAGCAAGACACCAGCUGGUUUGCAAUGGUGCAGCCUCUGAGCUCUGUGUGGCGCUAGAGCAGCACGUGAAUGAUAAGGAUGUGUGCACCUAUAUUGUCAGGAUAUUCAGCAAACUUUCUUCCUACAAUGACUUCUGUGCAGCUUUAGCAGACUGCUCCAGAUGUUACAUCUUAUUUUUAGCCCUACUGAACAAACACCAGAAGCAGCAGGAUUUGGUUAUCCGUAUCAUCUUCAUUCUUGGUAAUUUAACAGAAAACAAUAACCAGGCCCGUGAGCAAUUUUUUAAAGAAAGAGGAAGUGUUAACACCUUAAUAUCAUUAUUCCAAACCUACUAUGAACUUGAUUUGAAUGCACAGAAACGGUACCGUGAAAGAGGAGGGGAAGAAAAAAAACACCCAAAGCAUCCUUCAGAAGCAGAAGAUGUUCUAAUAAAACUGAUAAGAGUGCUGGCCAACCUCUCCAUUCAUCCCAAUGUAGGAGCAGCUCUGGCAGCCGCCCAUCGCAUUGUAGAAUUACUUGUUACUGUACUAGAAUACAAGUCAGUUGAUGACUGUGAGGAGUUGGUCAUCAACACUGCAACAACAAUAAACAAUUUAUCCUACUACAAAGAGAAGAGUUCUGCUGUUCAAGACAAGAAGUUACGCAUUGCUGAAACGCUUGUAAAACUGUUAAUGAGCGACAAUAUGGAUGGAGUUGUGGAGGCUGUCAGAGUCUUUGGCAAUCUUUCCCAGUAUCAUGAGAUCCGUGACUUCAUCGUACAGAAAAAGAUAUACAAGUUCAUGACUGCUUUACUUGAUGCCAAGAACCAAGAUGUCUGUGUUUCUGCCUGUGGAGUUCUGCUCAAUCUCACAGUAGAUAAGAACAAACGAGCUCUUCUGAUGGAAGAAGGAGGAAUUGGAAAGCUAGUUGACUGUUUACAAGACUUUGGGCCCACUGACUGGCAGCUGGCAUGUCUGAUAUGCAAAACCCUGUGGAACUACAGUGAAAACAUCACAAGUGCGUCCUCAUGCUUUGGAGAAGAUACCGACACGUUGCUGGUGCUGCUCACAUCACUCUUAGAUGAAGAAUUAGCAUUGGAUUACAGCCUCGACAGAGAUUUAAGGGACCACCACAAACAAUAUUGGGAAAGAGAGUUCAAACCUGUGGCAGAAAAACUUCUUGAUAGAAUUCAAAGCCAUCACUCCUUUCUUCCAGCUGUGACUAUUACUCCAUUUUAA